AUGCCGGUGACGAACCGAUUGCUUGCACUAGCUGGAGUGAUUGCCAUCCUCCCAGUAGUGCCUUUGCUUGGCACCUACAGGGACGCUUGCAGCUGCGAAUGCUGCAAAGGACUUGGUUGCUCCCCAAAGCUAGCGCUCUUCAUAGUAGCCUGGACGACGUAUGGCUUCAGCACGCUUUGGGUGGUCUCUGUGGUCGCAGAGGAUGCGGGAGAGCUUGGUGGUAAGGUUCUCUUCAUCAUCACCCAGGGCGUGUCUAUUUCGUCCAUGGCUGCCUCUCGGAAGAUGGCUGAGUUGGCAGAGGCCAAAGCCACCGAGAGCAGCUACCGCAUGGCCGAGUUUGGCUGCACAGGUGCUGAAAUGGUUGGAGCCACCGUGGGCUCACCAGUCAUGGUCGGACCUGCCGUACAAGAGCUGCAGUCCACCGUGGAACGCUUGGAGCAGCAGGUGCAGGAUUUGAGCAAGAGGCAGGCGAUGAUGGAGCGGGAACUGGCCUUCCAAAAGAAGGUGGAAGCUGCAACUGGAGGUGUUGACGUGAUGAUGGCUGCCGGCUGGCUUCCAGACACCAGCCCCGAAGGGGAGGAUUGCUGGCUGCUGGGCGAUGCGGCCACCUCGAUGCAGGCGUCCGUGUCCAAGCGCCUCUCUGAAGAGCUCAAGAAGCUGCCAGCCCCUCCGACUCCGGCGCCUGCACCCGUGCCAGCGCCUGUUCCGUCACCCUCACCUGGAGGCUACGGAGGCAUGCCCAGCCCUGGGGGCUUCCCUGGGCUGGGUGGCCUGCCUGGGGGUUUGCCGCCUGGAAUGGCCAACAAUCCAAUGAUGCAGCAGAUGAUGAACAACCCGCAGAUGAUGCAGCAGGCACAGCAGAUGAUGCAAGAUCCCAACAUGAUGUCUCAGGUGCAACAGAUGAUGCAGAACCCACAGGCCAUGGCACAAUUGCAGCAGAUGAUGGGCGGUGGCGGCUUUGGACGUUGA